AUGGCGGCAAUGGCGAAUCUUGUGAACACCAUGGAGGCGAAUGCUGCUACGACUUUACAAGCUGCGCAGAGGUUAGGCCAACCGGCGGGGAAUGGAGACGGAAAUGGUGAUGACUUGGGUGGUGCUCCGAUGACCCUAGCUACAUUUCUGAAAGUUCACCCACCGAAUUUCAGAGGAUCGACCAAUCCCACGGAAGCGGAUAACAGGUUCCAAGCUAUGGAGCGCGCACUGCAAGCACAGCAUGUUUCGAGCAACCAAUACGUGGAGUUUGCUGCUUAUCAGCUUCGGGAAGAGGCCCAACAUUGGUGGCAAGCAGAGUGCCGCUUGCUACAGCUUCAGAAUGCCGAUGUUCCUUGGGAUGUAUUUCAAACGGCCUUCUACAAGAAGUACUUUCCUGAGUUUGCAAGGGAGGCAAAGGAGAUGGAACUUAUGUAG